AUGGAUCGAGCUCUGUCAAAACUGCUUCCAGUUAUGGUUCCAGCUCUGCCAACACUGCUUCCAGUUAUGGAUCGAGCUCUCGGCCUGUCUCUAGUUAUGGUUCCAGCUCUCGCCCUGUUUCUAGUUAUGGAUCGAGCUCUGUCAAGACUGCCUCAAGUUAUGGUUCCAGCUCUCGGCCUGCCUCCAGCUACGGCUCGAGCUCUGUCAAGCCUGCUUCCAGUUAUGGUUCCAGCUCUGCCAACACUGCUUCCAGUUAUGGAUCGAGCUCUGUCAAGACUGCCUCAAGUUAUGGUUCCAGCUCUCGCCCUGUUUCUAGUUAUGGAUCGAGCUCUGUCAAGACUGCCUCAAGUUACGGCUCCAGCUCUGUCAACACUGCCUCCAGUUAUGGCUCGAGCUCUGUCAACACUGCCUCAAGUUAUGGAUCGAGCUCUGUCAAGACUGCCUCAAGUUAUGGCUCAAGUUCUCGCCCUGCCUCCAGCUACGGCUCCAGCUCUGUCAACACUGCCUCAAGUUAUGGAUCGAGCUCUGUCAACACUGCUUCCAGUUAUGGUUCCAGCUCUCGGCCUGUCUCUAGUUAUGGUUCCAGCUCUCGGCCUGUUUCUAGUUAUGGCUCCAGCUCUGUCAACACUGCCUCCAGUUAUGGUUCCAGCUCUCGGCCUGCUUCUAGUUAUGGAUCGAGCUCU